AUGCGUUUCUUCAAGGCAACUCUUCUGAUGAUGGCAGCCUGUGUGCUCGCUGAUGAUAAAGCCAAGAUUGGAACCCUGAACACGGACCCCACAUGCGUGACCGCUACGACCGUUGGCAAGCUGAUCGAUAGCAUAUGCACCAGCAUCAAGGAUAUCGCCGCCUUCAAUAUUCUCGCAGACCGUUCCUUUUGCUAUGUUUAUGACCGUGAGGACUGUUUAGGCGAGGGCAGAGCUACCGGUAUGCUGCAGCCAGGAUGCAAUGUGGUCGCGGACUUUGCAAAGGGCGCCCCCGCAGUCAUUUGCUAUGGCCAUUUCAACUCUCAGUAA